AUGGUGACAGUUAGAACCUUACUAGCUAUUGCGACUGUGAGAGGAUGGCAUUUAUAUCAAUUUGAUGUAAAUAAUGCCUUUCCACAUAGGGAUCUGGAUGAAGAAGUUCUAUUUACAAAGUCCACUGAGAGUUCUUUCACUGCCAUUCUCGUCUGUGUAGAUGACAUAAUUGUGGCCAGUAGUGAUGUAAACAACAUUAGCUCUCUCAAAGCCCUACUUGAUAGGGGAUUCAAGAUCAAAGAUUUGGGGACAUUGAAAUAUUUUUUGGGAAUAGAAGUGGCAAGAAGACUUGUUGGAAGACUGUUGGAUCAGAAUGUGAGAAUUUCAAAGACGGAUGGAGAUCCUUUCCCUAAUCCCACUAUGUAUGGAAGACUUUUUAGGAGACUGUUGUACUUAAUCAUUAGUAGACCAAAUCUUUCAUACUCAGUACAAUUAUUAAGCCAAUUCACGAGUUCCCCUGGCACUUCCCGUCUGAGUGCUGCUAAUAAAGUGUUGAGGUACAUUAAAGGAGCUCCAGGAUUGCUAUUUCCUAUUGAUUCAGAUUUACAGCUUAAUGCUUAUAGCAAUUCAGACUGGGGAGCUUGUCCAGACAGACGAAGGAGUGUAACAGGAUAUUGCAUGAUGCUUGGAAGAUUCUUGAUAUCUUGGAAAUCAAAAAAACAAAGCAUAGUAUCCAGGUCUCCAGCAGAAGCAGAAUACAGGGCAAUGGCAAAUGUAUGCUGUAAACUCACUUGGCUUAGGUACUUGUUUCAAGACUUAAGAAUCAAACACCCACAGGCUGCUAACCUCUUCUGUGACAACAAAUCUGCUCUCCACAUAGCGGCCAACCCAAUCUUCCAUGAAAGAACUAAAUACAUCGAGUUGGAUUGCCAUUUGAUACGGGACAAAAUUCAAGAAGGAAGCAUAAUAGCUAAACAUCUUAGUAGCAGAUUUCAGCUGCAUCGAGCUGAUAAUCAGGAGCAUGAUGAUGGAGGGUGGAAACGUCAAAUUGAGGCAUCAUUCUCUAGAAAAGACCCUGAAGUCAGUUGGGAUUCGAAUGGAACCGAAAAUAUACUGUUGCCUUCCAGUAUGACCAUUCUUAAUGACAAUAGAGCCCGAUAA